AUGCAAUGGCCGUUUGGACCUUCUCGACCUCAGGAUCUCUACAGGGACUCCUAUGUCGCACAUCCAGAUCGGUUCGACUGGAGGAAACGAUGUGGGACAACCAUCCCAAUAGCCUGCCGUUCUUCUGGUGCCUCUCGUCCAUCUCAACGCAGGAGAGCCUCAGCCUCCAUGGUUAGAGGAGAAGAAAGCAAAGUGGCAGCCAAAGCGCGACGCAUGGCCGAACGCAAGAUGGACGAUCGCUCUUUGCGCAUCAGCAGAGAAAAGGCAGCACAGCUCCUCUCACGACACGGCGACCGUGAGCCGAUACGACAACAAGCUAGAUUGUAUCGUGAAAGGUGGGCCGAGCUGCUCGACUGCGAGCGCAAGCAGGAGCUCGCCGCCAUUGCAGAGAGGCGCAAGGCCCCGAUCGAGAAGCUCAUCCAAGAGGGCAUCACGAUUGACGGGCUGCAAGGAUACUGGCAGGAUAACAGCAAACGCCACUUUGGCAAACGAGCUGCCGUCUUCAAGCUCGACGCUGCCGAGCCGCUGCCUCGAACUCUUUUCCGCGCGGGUGACAAAGUGACCAUCAUGCCUUCUGCAAUGUCACCACCUACCAGCGACGAUUCCGCAUCAUUCGUCGAGGACGACUUUGUAAUUGAAGCCGAAGUCGUCGAACGACAGCGCACCUUUAUCCGUCUCAAAUUCGACGAAGCUGAUGAGGAUGUCGAUCUUGUCUCGUGCCCUUCGUGGCGUCUCGACUACGGCUUCAACGACCUGACAUUUGAGCGCAUCAAAGCAGCGCUCGAGGCGCUGGAGCACGAUGUUGAAUUCAUCGAGACCCAGUACGGCUCGCGUUUCCAAUACAUCCUCUCUGGCACCCGCUUGAGCGACGUCAUCCUUGGCAUCGAGCCUCCGGUCGAUCGAGUGACCAGAGGUGCAUUCUGGGAAGACGCCCGCGUUCAAAGUUGGUACGAUCGAUUUGCUCGUCGAGAUCCGGUCGUUAUUGAUGGUGACCCGCUGCCCGAUCUCAACAGCACCCAGACGCAGGCCGUUGCCAUGAUGCUGCGCGAGAGAGUCUCUCUUAUCCAAGGUCCUCCUGGCACUGGCAAGACCCGAACCAUUGUGACGGCCAUCAAGCUGCUCAAGCAAGACUUCCAGGUGCCUCACCCUAUCAUGCUAGCCGCGCACACCAACGUUGCGGUCGACAACCUCGCAGACGGGUGCAUCAAGGCAGGACUCCGUGUGGUGCGUAUUGGCCCAUCAGCACGCGCUAGAGCAGGCAUCGAUCAGUACACUCUCGAUGCCUACUUUCUUCGUCAUCCAGCCAAACAACGACUGGAUCAGAUCAAGCGUCAGCUAGACACUCUCGACAGGCUCAAAAGCGAGUACGAGCUGGGCCGCAUGGGCGGUUCCGAUCCAUGCAUAGCAUCGUCUGUGCGGGAGCGGCUUGCCGAAGACGAGGCGAUCGGCCAGACUGAAGCGCAAAGCUGGGAGAACAUGAUGGCCGAGCGAGAAGAGGAGCGCGAGGCAGCUCAGCCUAAGGGUGGUACGGCCUCGGAAGAGUACGAGACCAUCAAAAAACAGCUAAACCGUCUGAAGGCUACCUACUUUUUCCUUCGCGCUUCGAUUCGAGGCGAGAUUCUUAACGGUGUCGAUGUCAUUUGCGGCUCAGCGAUCGCUGCAGGCUCGCCUGAGCUCGACAUGAUUGACCUUCCGGUGGUGUUUUUCGACGAGGCAUCCAUGGCUACUGAGCCUGUCUCGCUCGUACCGCUUAUGAAGGGAUGCAGACAUCUGUCAAUCAUCGGCGACCAUAAACAGCUGCCGCCUGUGGUUACCAGCGCAGAAGCCAAGAAAGCCGGGCUGUCGCGCAGUCUAUUUGAGCGGCUCAUUCAAAGCCGAAGCAGCAUUCCAUCGAUCAUGCUCAACGUGCAAUUCCGUAUGCAUCCCACCCUCGCCGAGUUCGCGAAUCAGACAUUCUACGAUGGUGCGUUGCAGAAUGGAACGGGCACAGAGCUUAUCGCGCCGGUCGCAUCGAGCUACUGGCCCUCUUGCGCCGGCGUUGCAAAGCAAGACACGCAACGUCUCUGUUUUAUCGACCACAAAGGACGCGAGACCAAAGCAGAAAACUCGUCUUCGCUUCGCAAUGCAUCCGAGGCACGGAUUGUCCUGGAUGUAGUGACAGACUUGCUGCGACAAAAUCCGGACCUCACUGGAGACGACAUUGGCGUUGUCACACCCUACGCCGGUCAGCAGGUCCUGCUGGAAAAGAUGCUGCACAACGAAGCAUCGCUAUCACGGCAACAAGCUGCUGGCAUUCUCGGAACGCGAUCUUCCGAGUUGGGCAACAUCGAUGUCCACACGGUCGACGGGUUUGAGGGGCGCGAGAAGAAGGUCAUUCUGUUUUCCACUGUGCGGACCAAUGCGCAGGGCUACGUGGGCUUCCUAGCCGACGGCAGGCGACUCAAUGUGGCUCUCACUCGCGCUCAGAGUGCACUCUUUCUGAUCGGCAAUAUCGACACUUUGAAAAGGGCUCAGCUCAGCGAAGCUGCUUACAGCCGAGUCGAGAGCCCCAACCUCGAGGCAUUGCGAAGCUACGCUGCAUACUUGGAGAAGCGAGGCGCCGUGGUCAGCUACCUAAGAGCUACGGCGGGAGACCAGUCUGAGAAGGUGGAGCGGGAGGAGGAGGACGACGUCAUGGAAUCGGAUGCAGUCGAGCGCAGCCAGACUUAUGCGGCUGCGGACGAUUGGCAGUACAUGCUUGCCGAACGCGAUGCUGCUUAG